UAGGUGGAGAGGACUGUCCAUCAUCUCAUCGUGAGCAGGUUGGUAGAAUGGAGGGGGCUAAUCUCGGUUUACAGGUUUACAGCCACUGCAUUUUUGCCUGGCUACAAAUCUCUGGCCCUGCCCAUUCCAUGCGCUCAGCUCUGCGAGUUCAGUAGGGUGCUGCCGCAGGAGGACUUAACGCGUCGCAUACGGACAUAGACCUGUGCGCCAAACCGCUUCAACCGCUAUAUCACACACACCGUAACCAUCAAUGGACGUGGAUCUGUGAUUUUCAACCGCACCGUUCCAGCGCAGUCCCCGGGACGCAAGGCGAGGCACAGCAUUCCGUUAGGCCGGUGCGUGUUGGUCUCCGACAGAAGAGAUGGGCACGGUGCUGUCGAUCUCCCCCACCUCAAGGAAGGGGGGUGUCCUGGAUGAAAAGCCCGAUGCGGGACAUGCGGCAAGUGGAAAAACAGAGAAAAGUCUAAAGCGCCAUUCGGUAUUAAUAUCAGCCCUGACGUGGAAGCGCCUUGUCGCUGCCUCGGCAAAGAAAAAGAGUGCCAAGAAAGUGAACCCGAACCCUCCCAUCACUCAGGCCAACAACCCAGUGGACCAACUGAACAGCGAAAAUCUCAAGAAAUCUCAGCAAUCGGGGUCGGAGCGCAAAGCAUCCAAGCCAGGACCACUCGCCGUGCCUGUACCGACGGUACCUGACCAAAGCCGACGGGGCAAUCAGACGCAGACCGUCCAACAAAAUGCCAAGCAGCUGAUCGCGGUCCAAAAGCAGCCCAGCAGUCGUUCACUCAUCUCUCCCAGAAGGGUCAUUGUCCAGGCAUCCACUGGGGAGCUGCUGCGCUGCCUGAGCGAGUUUAUGUGCCGACGGUGCUACAAAUUAAAAGAGCUCAGUCCCAACGAGAUCAUAUUGUGGUUCCGAAACGUGGACCGCUCUCUGCUGAUUCAAGGGUGGCAGGACCAAGGCUUCAUCACACCUGCCAACCUGGUGUUUGUCUACAUGCUCUGCAGAGAAGCCGUGACGGAGGACAUCUCCACUGAAUACGAGCUGCAAGCCACCUUUCUCACUUGCCUCUACCUGGCUUACUCCUACAUGGGCAACGAGAUAUCUUACCCACUCAAGCCUUUCCUGGUGGAGACUAACAAGGAGGUGUUUUGGGAGCGGUCGCUGCGGGUGAUUGACAAAAUGAGUGCCAAAAUGCUGCAGAUCAACUCUGACCCGCACUUCUUCACCGAGGUGUUUCAGGACCUGAAAAACGAGGGGGGAUCAAAGGACAGUAACGGGAAAUGGACAAAUAACCUGGACCGUUAAGGUGAACAUCAUCCAGGGGAGAGAGAGAAAGAGAGAAGCUAUUUGAUACCUCUCCGAACCCCGUCCUUUGAGAGGGGAUUGAAUGUAAGCACCGGCGGUUGACUGUGGAACGGUGCCAUGCACCACAGCCGGUAUAUGAAGAAGGGACUAUGGGGGCCCGCUUCACCCCUGAGAGAUUUUCUCCAUGUUGUUACAUGUGUAUAAUAAA